CCAAACUGUGCUGUCAAAAAAAUCAAAAUUAGACGUCCCAUUUCCAAAAGGUCCUCGAGCUAUUAUGCAUUCAAAAUUUUAGUAUGAGUUUGUUUUUAAAAAACCUGCCAAAAUCGUUCUUCCGUGCUGUGGUAUCGUCGAGACCUAUCUUCAACAAAGCAAACUCCCUAUUCUCGUCGAUCGCUGUAAAUGCGCAACCCAAACUUCCGGUGUUGGCAGUUGGAAGGAGUCACGCAAAGUCGAUCUGCUUUGGAAGCUCAUCCGAAGAAAAACGAAAGAACCUUUUCAGGAAGUACAACAUAAUCAACCAGCGCGCUUCUAGCAAGAAGGUCAAGAAGGUUUCCAAGUUGGAAGUCAUUUCUUCCCCGGGUGUGAGAAGCGUCGUUCGAUGUACCAUCGACAGCAGCGAAAAUGUAAACCAAGAGACUGAGGAAUGCGUAGAAGUCGAUACUAAGGAGAUCGGUAAACCGAAGAGAGUGUUUAUCCCUAAAUACAAAAAGGUAGAGAAUGAAACCUCACGGGCUGACGUUCAAGCGAUUACGGGCACGUGGAUCAGCAAGAAAUGCAUGAAAUACGACUUCGUCUGUAGCAGCAAGCCCAAACCUGAUCCCGCGACGAAACCCAUCAAAGUGGAAGGUCCCAGACCGUCCAGACUCUUCCAAGCUUGCAAGCAAGCUUCGUCGAAAGAAUUCGUCAGGAAAGCUAGUCAACACCACUUACCUACCAAGAAAGUAGACACGUGUAUGCCACUAAAUGAAGACAAAGGAGCUACCGAGAAAAAACCUCGCAAAGACAAUUUCGAAACGAAGGCAGAAAAAAGCGCUAAAUCUAACAAAGACACCAAGGGCGAAGAAGACAAGUCGUGCAAACCUUGCACCAGCAAAAAAGCCGAGAAGAAGAGGAAGCAGCUCAGUAUAAAGAAAGUAUCAGCCGGUACGAAGAAAUCUUCCUACAAACCGGAAAAAAGGAAAAGAGACAAAUCGGCGAAGAAAAGCGCAACCAAAGACGACAAAGCAGCAAAAAAAGACCACAAAAAAGCAUCUUUGCAUACCGAAGAGGAAAUUUGCGAUAAAGCGAAAAUGGAGGAACUCGACGCAAAAUGUAAAGCAAUAAUCGCCAAAUUGAAGAAAGAACUGGAGAACUGUCGAAAGGCCAAAAUGCACGACAAGGACAAGAAGUGUAUCGAGUCCCCGAAACUAGAUACCCCGCUACCAAAACCACACGAACAAGAAAAAGAUGUAGUAGCUGGUAGCAAGAACUUCUUGAAGAGCGUUUGUGACGGUAUCUUCAGUAAGAGUAGUCCUUCAGACCCAAAGAAAGUAACCAAGAAAGCGUCAAAAACGGCUGCCAAGAGCAAAUCAGCACCUGUCGUCAAAUCCGCAAAAACAGUAAAACCCGUGAAGAAAAUAAAAAGUGGAGGGUGUGAGAUCGACUUAGACCCGCAAUACUGUCAUAAACCCAAGCCUGAUCCGAAGAAAAAAGCAAAAGCUGAAGAGGAGUGCAAAGAAGAACCGAAGAAAGCGGUCGACGAAUGCAAGGAAAGCGAAAAGAAAGAAGCCAAGAAAGCGGACACUGCAUGCAAGAAAACCGACGAGAAAAAAGAAACCAAGUCGUGCGAUUCCAAAGAGAAGAAAAAGAAGGCGAAGAAGACGUCUAGCAAAGAAUGCAAGAAGGAGGAAAAGGCGAAGAAGUCGUCUAGCGACGUUUGCAAGCAAAAGGAAGAUAAAAAAGAAGCAAAGCAGAAGCCGAAGAAAGAAUCUGGACCUGAGUGCCACGGCAUGGGAGGGGAGAACUUCUAUGAAAAAAUAUGCGAGAAAUUCGAAAAGAAGAAACGAACGAAAAAGGUUGAGCGUCCAAAAUCGCCGUGCAGCUAUAACGCACCUAGCGCUGUGAAGAAAAAAGAAAAGAAGGAAUCCGAUGACACUUGCGAAGAAAGGGACAAGAAAUCGUCAGACGAUCAUUGCGAGAACGAGAAAAAAGCGAAGAAGUCAUCCAGCGAUAAAUGCGAAGAAGAAACAGACGAUAAGAAAGAAGGAGAGAUAAAAAAAUCUUGCAUCUGCAUAGAACCCAGUAAGCAGAAAUCCAAAAAAGCCAAAACGAAACCAAAGAAAAAGUUGUCGGAAUCCGACGUAAUUUGCUCUAAAGAAAAUACCAAGUCUGGCAAAGAAAAGAAAAAACACAAAGUAAAAGCUGACUGUUCGAAAGAAAAGAAGAAAUCUGAGUCAAAAGAACAAUGCGAUGAAGAAAAGAAAAGUGAUGAAUGUACAGAGAAAGCAGCGGAGACUAAAUGUGAUGAGAAAGAUCACAAAGACUCAGUUUCUGAUCAAAGUCCUCUAAUGCAGUGCAUAACCCAGUGCAAAAAGAUGAUAAAAAUCGAUGACUCUCAGUCGGGUAAAGCACUGACCAAAGACCAAAAGGAGUGUCCCAAAACACACAGAAUCCACAAAAAAAUCGCAGAAAUUGACAAACAAACCAAAGACAAAGUUUUCGUUCCUUGUCAGCACGAAGACAUCAAACCUGGAAUAAGAAACGCAGAAGGAGGCGAUAAAUGCGAAGAAACCAAAGAAGCGAAGUCAAAAUGUGACGAACUGGAAGAACAGCAAGAAGAGACUAACGUGAAGAAAGGUGCUUGCCAGAAGUUUAGCUUCUCGUGUCCUAAAGAAAAUGAAAAACGUGAAGAAAACGAAGAUCGUUGCGAAGAAAGAGAUGCGUCCGAAGAUUCAUGUCAGCUCACCGAGGAUAAGUGCUUCAAAAAGACGAAAGACGACUCGGCGAAAACAGACAAGAAACUUUCAAGUGUUUGUAAUAAGUCAGGCGAAAAGAAGAAGUCGAAGAGUAAAAAGACCGACAAAAGAAUGAAGAAUCAGAAGAAAGAAGAUACGGAAAAAAAGAUAUUGAAAAUUAACUGCAGCGAAUUUGUUAAAGAAAAAGGAUAUGGAGCAACCAGCAAAGAACAUUUAUGUUUGAAAUUAGAAAUUUCUGAUCAAGAAACACCUAGACGCGAAGACACGUGUCUAACAACCGAAAGAAAAAAUAAGCCUUCAGUACUCUACGUUCUACGUAAAGCAGAACCAAAAAACGAUGACCAAAAUAGAAAAAAAACAUUGCAAUUGGACCAAAGUGAAGACAACCAGAAACAGAAGAAACCCUCAAAAAAACAUGUACUUCCCGUUCCAAAAACAAAAACCAAAUUUGCAACAUCUGCCAUGUAUGGAAAGGGCUGCUCAGAAAUGAAGAAACAAGAACAAAAAUUGACAUCUGUUAAAGGUACGAAAAAUUCUACUUUAGCUUUAACUGAUGCAAUAUUAAAGGACACUGAACACCUAAUAAAACAAUUUAUUCCUUGCAAAUAUGAAGAAAUCAAGCCUGGGAUUCGAACGCCGGACGCAAUGAAAGCCGAUAUGUCGAAAGUUUCUUCUUGUCCAACUGAAAAUUCUACUAAAGCGAAAGCUGAAUCAAGCCACAAAGUCGAAGAAAAGGAAGACACUUUCCUUCCAUGCCAAGAAUCAAAGACAGUUGACGCAUAUAAAUCGGAUGCAAGUCUAGAGUAUCAAGAUUGUAAAGAAAAUCUAGAUGAAGAAAGCCACCAAUCUUCUAAAUCAAAGAUGAUAGUUGUUUGUAAAUAUGACGACAUUAAGGACGAGAUUCUUGGAAAAAGCAACAAGGAAAAGGUCGACUCUACCAGCCAAGUAGUCGCCUGCAAAUACGAAGAUAUUAAAGAUGAAAUCCUGAAAAAGAUCACAGGGUCUGCCCAAAAAGAAGAAUGCAAAACCACCGAUAAACAGGCAGAUCCGUGCAAAAGCAAAACCCUUGAGAAGAUCACAGAGUGCAAACAAGUAGAUGCGUGUAAAUACGAAGAUAUUAAAGACGCAAUUCUUCAGAAAAUCACAAGAUCUGCACACAAAGAAGAAUGUGAAACAACUAGUAAACAAACAGAUGCGUGCAAAUACGAAGAUAUUAAAGAUGCAGUUCUUCAAAAAAUCACAAGGUCUACACACAAAGAAAAAUAUGAAGAAACGACCAGUAAACAAGUAGAGGCAUGCAAAUACGAAGAUAUUAAAGAUGCAGUUCUUCAGAAAAUCACAGGUUGUGGACGCAAAGAAGAAAGUAGAGGGACCUCUAAGCAAGUAGAUGCGUGCAAAUACGAAGAUAUUAAAGAUGCAGUUCUUCAGAAGAUCACAGGGGGUGCACACAAAGAAGAAUGCGAAACGACCACUAAACCUAUAGAUGCGCGCAAAUAUCUGAACACUAAAGAUACAGAUUUUCAGAAGAUCACAACUUCUGUCCACAAAAAAGAAUGUGAAACGACCACUAAACAAGUAGAUGCGUGUAAAUACGAAGAUAUUAAAGAUGCAGUUCUUCUGAAAAUCACAGGGUGUGGACGCAAAGAAGGAAGUAGAGGGACUUCUAAACAAAUAGAUGCAUCUGCUGAGAAAGAACCAGAAUUGGCUACGUGUAAAUACCAACAGAUCAAAGACAUAAUUAUUGCCACAAUUACUGGCUGUAAGCAAAUAGGCAAAAAGGACAAUGCACAAGAACAGAAACAAAGUAGCACCACCGAAACACAAAAAGGAAAGAAGGCACAAGAAAAAGAAUCCAAAGACGAGAUUAAAGUCUUUAAGCCUUGCGAACACGAAGUAAUCAAACCCGGAAUCCGCAAGCCGGAUGACGACGCGACCAAAGAACACGAAGAACAAAGUGGAGAAAAAAUCAAACAAUUUGCGCCUUGUAUGUACGAAAAAAUCAAGCCCGGAAUACGGAAACCCGACGACGAAACGGACGAGACCAAAACGGAGUCAAAAAAACAUCACGAAGAAGUUUGUAAAGAAGAAGCGUCGGAAUCUACUAAAAUAGAAGUUCACCUUGAAGACAAGAAUACUCAAGGUUCUAAACUAGCGGUGAAACCUUGCCCCAAAUUUAGAAACCCGUGUCCAGAUUUUCAAGAAGCAACGGAAGAUUGCAAAGCCCAGAAUGAAGAGGUUUGCGAAGACGAAAAACACAAACCAGAUGAAAAAGCAAGUGACAAAAAAUCCAAAGACGAGAUCAAAAUGUUUAAGCCUUGCGAACACGAACACAUCAAACCUGGUAUUCGCAAGCCUGACGAUGAAGCGACCGACGAAAAAGAGAAACUAAAAGAAGACCACGAAGAAGUUUGUAAGGAAGAAGCGCCAAAAACCACUAAAACAAAAGCUCACCAUGAAGGCAAAAAUAUUCAAGGUUUAGAAGUUUGCCCGAAGGUUCAAAAUACAACAGAAGAAGGCAAAAAAACCCAGAUUGAAGACGAUUGUCAACGCGAAAAAACCAAACCAGAUGACAAAACACACAAGGAAAAAUCUAAAGAUGAGAUCAAAAUAUUUAAGCCUUGCGAACACGAAAAAAUCAAACCUGGUAUCCGCAACCCAGACGACGUAAAGUCCGACGGAAUGGAACACAAACAAAAGAAAUCGAAGGCUUCCAAGAACGUAAAAAAUCUAAAACAAGAAAUAAGGACCAGUAGGCUAACCACUAAAGUCAAAGAGGUAGCAAAAGAGUCAGAAGUUUGUAAAGAUGAAGCGAAAGAAGCAACUCAAGCGAAAGUCCAUCCUGAAGAAAGUGUAGCCUCUAAACCAGUACCAAGAAUUUGUCCAAAAUUCAAAAACCCGUGUCCCGAUUUUCAGGAAAAAGAAACAGAAGACUGUAACGAAACCCAAAAUCAAGAAGAACCAAAACUUGACCAGAAAGACGAAGAACACAUAAAAUGCGACAAACCAGAGGAGAAACAAACGAGUGAUACUUGCGAAAAAGAAGCAAAGGAGAAGAAACACAAACCCCAGAAGAAGCGCGAGAAAGUGCAGAUCUGUCCAGAAAUGAUGGCGAAGUAUAAAGAUUACGUCGAGAAAGAAGAUCACAAAAAACCCAAAGACGGGGAUAAAGGAAAAGCGGACACUGAUCCUUGUAACAAAGGAAAAAAUAAGAAAGAAAAAGUGAAACUAAGUUCCAAGGACGCGACGAAGAAGCAUGUUGAAAAAACAGAUCAGAAAAAACCUAAAGGAAGAGCGGCCAAAGAUUCUUGUGACACCGGAAAAGAUAAGAAAAAAAGAGAGAAAGUCAAGAUCACCUGCAAGGAAACGAUGAAAAAGUACGAAGAAUACAUCGAAAAAAAAGAUCCCCAAAAAUCUAAAAACGAGGAUAAAAGAACAGGCGACACCGAUUCUUGUAACAAAGAAAGAGGUAAAAGAGAAACAGUGAAGCUCGAUUGCAAGGAAGCGAUAAAAAAACCUAAAGGAAGAACAGAGGAAGAUUCUUCUAACAAAGGAAAAGCAAAGGAAGAAAGAGAGAAAGUGAAGAACAUCUGUAAGGAAAUGAAGAAGUCGAAAGACGUUGGCAAAAAAGGAGACCCCAAAGAUUCUUCUAAAACAGCAGGCGAAAAAGAGCACACAAAGAAACAUGAACAUCUAGACUGGCACGACAGAACAUCAAGGACAGUAGACAAGCCAUUUGGAAUAAACCACGACCCUUGCAAAAAGGCAGACAAAGAAAAAGCGACUAAAAAAGAAGAUCCGAAAACUAAGACGAAAGAAGAACAAGAUUCGUGCAGAGACAAACAGAAGAAAGAGGACGGGGAACAGCACGAAAGAAAAGAUAAAGAAGAACAAAAGCCAGAUUUGAUAGAAGUGUGUCCACAAAUCACAAAAAAAGUAGACGAAGAACGAGACUUCAAUUUAGCAGAUGCGGUAAACACUUCUCUUAUCCUCGGGACAUACGACAAAUUCAUGUCGAAAGGAAGCACUCACAAGAAGGAAGAAAGCAGUCACAAGAAGAAAGAAACAUGGAAGAAGGAACAACAGAAAAAAUCUACAGAAGUGCGCCAUAAAGGUUCGAAUACCAGUCUCUCAAAAGUUCCCGAACAGAAGAAAGAUGUACCACAAGAAAAGAGCAGUUUGUUUGCUAGUAUUUAUAACGCUUUGUUCGGAACAACGAAACCAAUACCUCCCAAGAAAACCGUUUCAGCUGAAGCGAUAACUAAGCAAGGUUCAAGUGACAAAACUCAAGACAAAAGUAAAACGAAACAACCACCGUAUAAAGAUUCUCGUAAAUACAUUCUAGCGAUCUUGGAAAAGAAUUCUAAGUGCCAAUCACUCCAAGAAAUGAUUCCGUGUCGACAGGGAGAGGACAAGACCGGCAAAAUACAAGUAUGCAAAUCAGACGGAAAAAUCAUAGACAGUAAAAAACCGUCAAGUUCAAAGAACCUCGAAAAGUCAAGUCGUCAAGUACACUCAGACGCUUCCAACAAACCUUGUCCAGAACUACAGAACAAAACAACCAAGUCUUCUAACGAAAAUUCUCUUUCGGCCCCCACGGAACCACCAAAGAGACAAUAUUGCUCGGGACACGACGAAGAAAAAGAGUUAAAACCACUGGUAGAUUGCCAAAGGAAGAAAUCUCCGAAGAACAACACCAAAAAUAAAUGCAUAGCAGCCGGACUCAGCGCGAAACCAAAAAAAAUUGAUAACAUCAAAGACUGUAGGAAAAAAGCUAAACCUCAAACACAAAAAAUGUGGCCUGCUGCUUGCGACUACACAGAGCCGACACGAGACAGAAAAGGUAGCAAAUGGGCUCGACCGCAAGCCCCUGUUGAUUACACAGCACCACCAUCUAUGAAAAAAACAGAACAAGAUAAAGAAACGGUUUGCGAAGAAGCAAGCAAAGAUACAGAAGAAAAGAAAAACCUUUGUACGGACGACAACCAUGCGGAAAAGAAAGAACUUAAGCCUCUAGUACCUUGUCGAGAACUUCGCGAACUCGACCUAUCCUGCACCCCCGAAAAAUACACCAGUUACAAAGAAAAAGAAGCCGUGAAGAUACCACACUUGGUCACCUGUUCCACCGCUCCUACCUGCGAACACAAAGACGGCAAACCUGUCAAAAUAUGCAACCUCAAACCAAAAAAACCCAAACCGAAAAAACGUAAACCCAAAAAGUGUACAUCGUUGCCGUGUGUCUCUAACACGAAAACGCAAAAGGUAGUAAAAAAGACGAAGAGCAAGGACUCGAAAGGGGGUUUCUUUGCAAAAUUCAAGAAGAAAUCGGAGAAGAAGAAACCACAAAAAAGUGCUUGUAAUGAUAAAAAGCCUCUGGAUCAACGAGGUUUAAGAAAAGCGAAGCUGAAAACUAUUGCGCCGAAUAGGGGAUCUACAGCCAGAAGCACCAGACAGCUGCGCAACAUCGAAGAUGUUCCAUGUACGACAAACCUCGAACAACAAAAAUGUAACGAACCGGAUCAAAGCCCCAUGAUGAAGACAAUAGCUUUGUGUAAAUUGAUGAAGCAGACGACUAUUCCUCAAAAAGGGAAAGUGCCACCAAGAGACAAGAAGUGCUACGCGGAAGAUCAAAGUGUGCAGAAGUUGGUCAGUUUUUAUGAAGGCAAGGCCUUACCCCAGCCUCCGUGUGGUAGCGUAAAACUUGUACGCGAGAAGCUUUGUCUAGGACUAGACAAAAUUCAAAAGGUACAAGAAAUUUGCUUCAAGGAGAAAGCACAAGAAGAUGCUAAUAAAGAAAAGAAGGAAGAAAUCCACGAGACGACAGAAGAAUGCAAAGCAGAAGCAGCUACAGAAAAGAAGGAAGAAGUUUGCGAGAAAUUGGAAAAGGAUUCCAAAGAUUCUGCCAAAAGAAUUAACAUAGAAUGCAAGGAUUCCGAUCAUGAUAAGGAAGAAGAUAUCUGCAAGAAAUUUGAAGAGACAGAUAAGAAGGAAAAAGAAAAAAUUAAGAUGUUCAUUCCUUGCCAGUAUGAAGAAAUCAAGUCGGGAGUACGAAGCGCACAUCUUAACGAAGAACGUGGUGAAGAACCCAAGAAAAGUGAAGUAAAAUCAGGAAUUAAACUGUUCGUUCCCUGUAUGUACGAAAUCAUCAAACCUGGCAUCCGACAUGAAGAUGAAACUAACGACACAAUCGACGAAAAAUGCGAAGAAGCAAAAGAAACAACGAACGAAAUAAAACAAGAUAACUGCAGAACAGAAGACGAAAAGUUUGAAAGAUUUGGGGUACAAGAAGAUCCAUGUGUGAAAGUAAAAAAAGAAAAGGAUAAACACGAAAAGACCAACAAAUCAAAAGAAAGCAAAAGUCACACGCAGUACGAGCAAACAGUGUGUCAGAAAGUGCUAGCAAAACUGAAAGAACAGAAAGAUAAAAAAGAGAAAAAGGAAAAUAGCAAAGAAGAAAAGACUAAGAUGGUCGCACCUAAAGACGCAACCAAACAGAUAGACGGGAAAGGCAUGAUUGCUUCCUUAUGUGGUAUCAAAGAUGGAAUUUUUGCGAAGAUUGUAGGAUCGAAAAACACAGAAGAAAUACGUACAGCGACAAAACCUAAACGUUCUGAUAAUCUGCUCGAACCAUGUGCAGCAAGUCAAAAGGAAGAAGAAGAGGAAGAGGAAGAGGAAGAAGAGGAGGAAGAAGAAGAGGAGGAGGAGGAGGAGGAAGAAGAAGAGGAAGAGGAAUUCGAAGACAGUCGGGAAGAAGUUACGCCCAUUUGUAAGAAAGCGGAGAAGAGUGAACAGAGAACAUCGAUUCCUGGCAAACAUGAAAAACCACAGAAAGACAUAGAUGGCACUAAGAUUUGUCCAAAAUUCAGUAACCCGUGCCCCGAUUUACAAGACAAGGAAGAAAAAGAAGACGAGGAAGAAGAAGAAGAAUGCGAAGAAAAGGAAGAGGAAGAAAAUGAAGAAGAAGAAAAUGAAGAGGACGAAGAAGACGAAUUUGAAGAUUCGAAUGACGACAUUAAGGCUUUUGGUAUUUGUCAGCACGAAGACCAAGUAAAAAAAAACUCGAAUACAAAAAAACUUCAAAUAGAGAACGCCGAAAAACCUGAGGCCGAAACCUGUAAAGACACAGACCACAAAAAGAGCGAUACAGAACAUCAAACCAAGACCCUCUCUUGCCUAGACGAAGAAGAAAAACAUUCAGAAGAUGAUCCGUGUGAUCAAAAAAAUAUGUACACACCGAGACAUUUCGACAACGAAAAAAUACAAAAAUUUGGUAUUAAAGUUGACCCUUGUAACAAAAAGGAGGAGGAAUGCCACUUGGAAAAGGAAGAUUCGAAAAAGGAAGGUCCAAAAUUGGGCAAUUUGUGUUUGGCACUGGCCACGAAAAGCGCGACAGCGGAAAGCGAUAUCUGCAAGAGCAAAGAAGAAAAGAAAGAAUAUGUAGAGGUUUGCACGAAAAAAGAUAAGACAAGAGAGAAGAGUAGAAACGAAAGGGGAGAGAGUGUUGGACCAAUUAGAAAGUGCCCUAAAUUUGCAUUCAUCUGUAAACCGUUAGAAACCAAAGAAGAAUGUAAAGAAGAAAAAACUGUUGACCCCUGCGAGAAGGAGAUUGAAUGUAAAGAAGAAAAAGUAUCUGACAGCUGCACGUCUGAGAAAUCGGGCCCAAAAGUAGAAGAAAAGGUGUGCAAAGAAAAAGAUCCAAAAGAAGAACAGUUUGAAAGAUUUGGAAUACGGGAAGAUCCAUGCGAGAAAGCGAAGACACAAGCAAAAGAAGAAGGUAAGAAAGAUCCUUGCUCUGAGAAAAACGAAAAGACCAAACAUGAGGAAACAGUGUGUGAGAAAGUGUUAGCAAAAGUGAAAGAAGACAAAGAUAAGAAAGAUUCUUGUUCUGAGACAAACGAAAAGAAAGAAUCUAAACAAAGCAAGAGUCAAAAACAGUAUGUCCAAGUGUGUGAGAAAGCGGACGCCAAAACAAUAGAAAAGAAGAGCGAAGAAAAAGAUACUUGUCUAAAAAAUGAAGAAAAACUUGAAAGAUUUGGGGUACGGGAAGAUCCAUGCGAGAAAGCGAAGACACAAGCAAAAGAAGAAGGUAAGAAAGAUCUUUGCUCUGAGAAAAACGAAAAGACCAAACAUGAGGAAACAGUGUGUCAGAAAGUGUUAGCAAAAGUGAAAGAAGACAAGGAUAAGAAAGAUUCUUGUUCUGAGAAAAACGAAAAGAAAGAAGCUAAACAAAGCAAGAGUCAAACGCAGCACGUGCAAGUGUGUGACAAAACGGACGCCAAAACGGAAAAAAAGAAGAGCGAAGAAAAAGAUUCUUCUUGUAAAAAAGAAGAAAAGUUUGAAAAAUUUGGGGUACAGGAAGAUCCAUGCGAGAAAGCAAAAACACAACCAAAAGAAAAGGAGCAGAAAGAUCAUUGCUCUGAGAAAAGUGAAAAGACCAAAGAACUGAAAGAAAAAUUCGAAAGAUUUGGGGUACGGGAAAAUCCAUGUGAGAAAGCGAAAACACAACCAAAAGAAAAGGAUAAGAAAGAUCUUUGCUUUGAGAAAAGUGAAAAGACCAAAGAACUAAAAGAAAAAUUUGAAAGAUUUGGGGUACGGGAAAAUCCAUGUGAGAAAGCGAAAACACAAGCAAAAGAAGAAAAGGGCAAGAAAGAUCCUUGCUCUGAGAAAAACGAAAAGACCAAACAUGGGCAAACAGUGUGUGAGAAAGCGUUAGCAAAAGCGAAAGAAAAGAAAGACUGCUCUAAAAAGGAGGAUAAAAAAGAAAUUAAAGCAGAUUGUACAACUAUCGACAAAACAAAAAGACAAGACGAUGAUUGUGCACAAGCAAUGUCUUUGUGUCUCAAAAAAGAAACUAAAGCAAACGAAGACAAAGCGAAGAAACUGUUGCAAAAAGUAGACGACGAUUGCUUACAAGCACUGUGUUUGUGUCUAAAAGCUGAAAUUAAAAAACCGACAAAAGAAAACGAAGGAGAAGCCAUACAAGCAAGCAACUUGUGUCACCAAAUAUGUCAGAAAGAAAACGCAAAAGAAGAUCUUUGUCAGAAAGAGAAGGCGAAGCAAAAGAAAGAAAAACAAGACACCAAAGAAUGUCAGUCAAAACCGGAGAAAACAGAAGAAAAAUGCGCCAAAUUCAAAUUCGUGUGUCCCUCUAAAUCUAGCAAAAAAGAAAAUAAACCCAAUCCAUGUGACGAGAAAUGGAUGAAAGCUGCAAAAAUCAAUGACUCCAAGAAAGACGGAAAGUCAAAAGAGCGCUUUGAUCUUAAAGAAGACCCUUGCAAGAAAACAACAGAAAAGAAGUUGAAAGAAGCAGCAAAAGACGAAUGUAAAGACAAAACGCCCACUUUCCCAGAACGUAGACCUGAAAAAAUCGCCGACUUCGAACGGUUCGGCGUGAAGGAAGAUCCUCACAAGAAAGUGGCGGAAAAGAAGAAAGACGAGUUAAAAGAAGCAUCAAAAGACGAAUGUUCAGGUGGACCUGAAAUAAUCGCGAUCUUCGAACGGUUCAGUGUGAAGGAAGAUCCUUGCAAGAAAGUGGCAGAAAAGAAAGACGAGUGUCUCAGAGAAGUAGCGAAAGACGAAAGUAAAGAUAAAAUGCCGACUUUUCCGGAGCGUAGACCCGAAAAAAUCAUGGAUUUUGAACGGUUCGGUGUGAAAGAAGAUCCUGUCAAGAAGGUAGCGGAACAGAAGAAAGAAGAAGGUCUGUACGUGUGUAGCAAAGAAGAGGAAAAAGUUGAAGAGAGUAAACACGAAAAGUGCUUCACAGUGGAAAAUCUUUGCGUCAAAAAGGAAGAUGUUUGUGAGGAAGAAAAGCAGCAGGAAGAACCUUGUGAAGAAACACAAACAAAAGGCAAAGAAAUGAAAAAGUAUGAGGAUCCGAAUGUGAACUUAGAUCUUUGUCACCAACUUCUGGUAAAGAAGAAAGACACAAGUGAAGAAAAAAAGCCUCAAAUAAAACUAGAUCUUCACGAAGGCGUGAAAAAGCGUGACGGAAGUAAGACUAAACCAACACAAAAAUGUGAAAAGAAGCAGUUCGAACGGUUUAACGUAGCCGUAGAUCCUUGUGAGAAAGCAAAGGAAAUCAGCCGGAAAGAGCAGGAAAAAAAGAAACUCAAAGCACAAGAAAAAAGCGAAAAGAAGAAAGACGCGUGUUCCGAUAAAUUAACAGAAAAAGGCAAAGAACUCUGCCGCAUUUACAACAGCUUUUUGCAGAAAAAAAAGAAACAAGAUGAAGAUAAACACUGAUUCCAACGAGGACUUUUGGAAUAUUUUGCGCACUGUAUGUCUGUUAUAAAAUUUUAGUUCUCUAAAUAAAUUCAGUGAUUAA